GCUUUUUUUUUAAAGUGUGUGUCGAUCAGCAGAGGUUUGCCGGGAUGAAACUUGUGUUUGCAGCCUCCUUUGCCCUGUUGGUGCUGUCCUCCCUGGACCUGGUGGACUCAUCUGCCUAUGACAAGAUAGUGACACACAGCCGCAUCCGGGCCAAGAAACAGGGGCCCAAUGUGUGCGCUCUCCAGCAGGUCAUGGGGACCGGGAAGAAGUAUUUCAGCACAUGCAGGAACUGGUACAAGGGAUCCAUCUGUGGCAAGAAAACGAUGGUGCUUUACGAGUGCUGCCCGGGCUACAUGAAGUUGGACGACAUGCUUGGCUGCCCUGCAGUGGCUCCCAUCGACCAUAUUUAUGGUACCCUGGGUCUUGUGGGUGCAACCAGCACACAAAGGUAUGCGGAUAUCUCCUCCCUCCGUGCGGAGAUUGAAGGCCGGGGUUCCUUCACCUUCUUUGCACCCAGUAAUGACGCCUGGAACCUUGUGGAUGCAAGUCUGAAGGCCAAGCUGGAGGGCAGUGUGGAUGUAGAGCUGAAAAACGCACUUCACUACCAUAUGACCAACAAACGCCUCGUCACCAAAGACCUGAAGAAUGACUUGACCUUGAAGUCCAUGCACAACAGCCACGGACUCCGUAUCAACCACUACUCAAAUGGAGUGGUCACGGUAAACUGCGCCAGAAUUAUUCAUGGAAACCAAGUGUCGACCAACGGGGUGGUGCACGUCAUUGACCGCGUCCUCACACUUGUGGAAGAUACCAUUCACAAUGUCCUAGACAAAGACGAAGACCUGUCCAGCCUCAGAACCGUGGCAGAGGUUUCAGGGUUGAUGGACACACUAAAGAAGCCUGGCCAGUACACUCUGUUUGCUCCCACUAAUGCUGCAUUUGACAAAAUCGAGGGAGACGUCAUGGAACGCCUCAUGAGUGACACGACCGUUCUCCAAGCUCUGUUGCAGUACCACCUCCUCAGCUCAGUGCAGUGUGCCGAGGCCAUCAUGGCAGGCUCCGUCUACGAAACAAUGGAGGGAAGCACGAUUGAGAUCGGCUGCGAUGGCGAUAGCCUCACGGUGAACGGCAUCAAAAUGGUGUUGAAGAAGGACAUUGUGACCACUAACGGUGUUAUUCACCUGAUUGACCAGGUCCUCAUUCCCAACGCAGCCAAGCUGGUGAUGGAGCUGGUGAGUGAGAGCACCUUCAAAGACAUGGUGUCUGAGCUUGGCCUUGCGGCCGCCAUGCAGCCUGAGACGGAGUACACCCUCCUGGCCCCCCUCAACGGAGCCUUCUCAGAAGAGGUGAUGGCCAUGGAUCAGCGUCUCCUGAAGAUCAUCCUGGAAAAUCACAUCCUGAAGCUGAAGGUCUCCCUGAGCGAGCUCUACAACGGACAGGAGCUGGAGACCAUGGGUGGAAAGCUGCUGAGAGUGUUCAUCUACCGAACAGCUGUUUGCAUUGAGAAUGCCUGUAUGGUUCGAGGCAGUAAGGAGGGAAGCAAUGGCGCUCUGCAUCUUAUGAGAUCAAUCAUCAAACCUCCUGACAGCACUAUGUUUGAUGUCUUAGUAGCUGAUGGACGUUUCAAGAUAUUCUUGUCGUUGAUGGACACAGCAGGAUUGAUAGAGCUGCUGAAACAGACUGGAGCCUACACUCUCUUUGCUCCCACAGACGAUGCUUUUGAGGUUCUGUCUGAGGAGGACAUGACUCUCCUUACAAGUGAUCCCAAUGCACUCAGGACAAUUCUGCUGUACCACUUCAGCAACGGGGUCUUCAUCAACGGAGGACUUGAGGGAGGGGUGACAAAUCUUCUUAAGACCAUUCAAGGAAACAACCUGCAGCUACUCUCUGUGAACAACUCAAUCCACGUGAACUCCAUCGACGUCCCUGACAAUGACAUAAUGGCCUCUAAUGGAGUUGUUCAUGUGGUCAAGACCUUGCUGUAUCCUGGAGACCUACCCGUGGGACGUCAGGAUCUCUAUCUCCUGCUCCAGAAACUCAUCAAGUACAUCCAGAUCAAGUUUGUGUCUGGAUUCACAUACCAUGAGAUUCCUCUUACUUUCCUCACAAGAACCAUCACUAAGACCACCACUACUACCAGGAUUGUUGAAACAGCUCCUGAAAUCACUAAAGUCACUCGAGUCAUUGAGACAGGUGAACCAACCAUCACCAAAAUCACCAGAGUUAUUGAAGGUGAACCAACUAUCACCAAAGUAACCAGGGUUCUUGAAGGUGAACCAACUAUUACCAAAGUCACCAGAGUUAUUGAAGGUGAACCAACUAUCACCAAAGUAACCAGGGUUCUUGAAGGUGAACCAGCUUUUACCAAAGUGACCAGAGUUAUUGAAGGUGAACCAACUAUCACCAAAGUCACCAGAGUUAUUGAAGGUGAACCAACAAUCACCAAACUCACCAGAGUUGUUGAGGCAGAAGCACCUUUCACCACUGUGACCAGAGUGAUUACGGGCCAAUCAGAACCAACCAUUACCAGGGUAGUUGUUGAGGGUGAGCCAACAAUCACCAAAGUCACCAGAGUGGUCGAGGGUGAUCCAUCAUUCACCAAGGUCACCAGAGUCAUCGAGACGACUUCUUCUGAUGGGGAACUGGACACUGAUGGUGAAAUCAGGAGAAUCAUUGAGGAAGGUGGCCCUGGACUCACAACUGUCACCAAGCUGAUCAGAAAAGAACCUCAAAUAAUUGAAGGGCCUGAUUUCUCCAGGAUCACAUCCUUCCAAGGAAACGAAGACCUGAUUGAAGCAGAGUCAGAGAAAAUCACCAAAAUCAUCCAAGAGGGAGGACCGACGCGAUUGCAAGCCAAGAGAGCACCAGUCAAACAAGCAGGCAUGAGGAGACGAAACCGACUGGUGAGACGCCACCCCAAACGUAAACAGUAGAGUCCACCACACACACGAGACCGGUGACUUCUUUACACACACGGACACACGGAUGAGGAACAACUGAGAUCGUGACAUCUAACGGACACUCGCCUUGUUCUCCUCUCUGAGGGAGUUCAAGAGGAGUGGGAUUUACACUUGAUCUUGUUGACCCUUGAAUGAACUGAUCUCAAUACGCCUGGAAGCUGAGAGGAUAAUGAACUGAAUAGCACCAAGAACGUCAAAAAGAGAAAAAAAAAAUGCAAAGGGAUAUAUGCAGUGUCUAACGUGUAUUUAAAAUGUUUAUAUAAGUGGAAUUUGAAAUUCUGCUGUGGUGUAUGGGGUCUUUGAGGGAUAUGUGAGUUAUCUUAAACCGUCAGUGAUGUUGCCUUGUUUGAAUGUUUGUUUGUUUGUUUGUUUUGAAAAGAGAUGCAUUGCUUCUUUUGAAAUGGGAUGUAAUAAUGUAUGACUUACAUUAGGUGCUUACAUUCACACAUUUUAAUGUGUUUUUUUUAUACAUCUGACGCAGAAGUUGCAAUUAUUUGUUGUUACUUGCUGUAAUCUGGACAAUUUGUCAGAAUGUUCAAGUUUACUAUAGUUUUGUUAAAUUACAUCUUAUCUUUGUGGAUUUCAAUAAUAUCUUUUCCGUCUUACCUGGUGGGUUUUUUUCAGCAUUCUGAUGGCGUAUGUUUAACCUGUGUGCUUCCAAACUGAAUGGCUGGUUAUUUAUCAUUCAUUUUCCAUCAUUAUUAAAGGCCUGGUUGGUGUCUUAAACAAAUCUCUGCACCUUUACCUCUGUUUGAAAACACAUAGAGAGCUAAAUAAAAAAUGUAUUCUUGAACGGAAAUCCAGUCUUCCUUUGGGUGUUGGAAUAAGACCCUCUUUAAAUUAAAGCUUUGUUGAAUUGA